AGCUCUCGUGCCUCGUCGCCAGUACAAAGACGAUUAUUGUUGCUCCGUCUCUGUCUCGCAGCGGCCGCUAUCGCUCCCGGGAGGCACUCGAAUCACGAGAGUCUCGUGAUGGUACCCAUCAGUCUAUGGUCCGGUGAUGGGAAUGUGGUGUGUUCUCGUGGUCCUGGGGGCCUUCCUCGCUGGGGACAGGGCAUCGAGUUUCGAUGAUUUUCGUGAUUAUCGCAGGGUACAAUCGACCGGAAGUGCGUGGACGGUGAGAUAUGGACGUGAUGAGGUUCACGGAAACGAGGAGAUUCCGUCCGGUGAUGGAGAUGGGAAGAUUCGGGGGUUGGCGAACGUUUUGAGGAAGAAUAUCGAUGAUGUGCGGAUGGAUUUUGAUAGGGCCGAAAUUGUGUUUUUGGUGGACACAUCGUCAUCUGUUGGAGAGGAAAAUUUUCGAAGUGAAUUGAACUUCGUCCGGAAAUUGCUGUCCGAUCUGAGGGUGGAACAGACAGCGACAAGAGUUGCGGUGAUAACAUUCGGGGAUAAACGUAUGAUAACGAGGAAUAUCGAUCAGAUUACGUCGGCUGAAUUCGCUGGGGACAAGUGUAGACUAUUGAAUCAGGAGUUGAGGAAGAUCAACUACACGGGAGGUGGAACUUAUACGAAGGGAGCACUUCUGGAGGCAUUAACUAUUCUCCGACGAAGUCGCCACGACACUCGAAAAUUAAUAUUCCUAAUUACUGAUGGGUUCAGUAAUGGCGGUGAUCCCCGACCAGUUGCCGAAGCCCUAAAAUCCCUGGGUGCUGUGAUCCUGACCUUUGGAAUUCGAACUGGUAACGUCCGAGAACUCCACGACAUCGCCAGCAAACCAGUUCACACCCACAGCUACUUCCUCGACUCCUUCCAGGAGUUCGAGUCCCUCGCAAGACACGCCCUUCACCGAGAUUUGAAGGAGGGAAAGUACGUCGUCCUGAAGGGAAAAAGUCCCUGCGAAAUCCUCUGCGAUUCACGAGACGCUGGAGUCCUUGGAGAUGACGUGCGAGGAAAUGGAACCAAAGUCAUCAAUCAAAGCUGUUGUGAUGAUCUCGCUGAAUGUGCUUGUGGUACAUCCAGCGGUCAUUACAGUUGUCUCUGUCCGAGUGGUUACUACGGAUCUGGAUUGAGAGGAAACUGUCACCCCUGUCCAAACGGCACCUACGGCCACCCAGGACUCCCCGGUGACGUCUCCACCAACUGCCUCCCAUGCCCCAGCCCAAAUCACAUAACCCUGAGGACCCCAGCCACAUCACCCCACGACUGCAUCUGCGACUCCAACUUCAUAAAAAGUGGCGCCACAUGUCACGCCAUCACCUGCCCCAAACUCCGGGUGCCCGACAAUGGUUACCUGGUGAAGGCCAGUGCCUGCAACAACGUGGUGAAUGCAGCAUGUGGUUUACGUUGUCGAAUUGGGUUUAAACUCGUUGGUGACAGUAUCAGGCUCUGCAGGAGGGACGGCCAGUGGUCAGGAAGGGAGGCCCAGUGUCUUCUGAAGACGUGCCCAGUACUGAGGGCACCAGCUCAUGGUGAUGUUCAUUGUGAGUACGAUGAGGAUUACGAGAGCCUGAAGAUUCCGAUGUUGGACACCUCGUCGUUGCCGAUUGACACGAGGUGUCAGUUCAGGUGCAGUCAGGGGUAUCAGCUCCUGGGGAGCAAAGUCAGGAACUGCCUGCCGGUGUCCAGGUGGGAUGGACUCAAGGUCACGUGCAAGCAGAUCAGGUGCGAUCCCCUGAAGAAGAUCUCUCAUGGGUUCAUCACACCUGACACCUGUCUGACGGCCAAGAAGUUGCCCUUUGGUACCGUCUGCAGGGUGUCGUGUCAGGAUGGGUUCGACCUUGAAGGGCCGGCGGUGAGGAAGUGCAUGGGGAAGGGGGGAUUGUGGAGCCAGAGGCACAGCAUCAGCGCCUGUGUUGAUAGGACACCACCGGUGAUCAGGUGUCCACCUGAUUCCACCUGGAGUACAGCACCGGGGAAGAGGUACUCGUUACCCAGGUGGGAGGCGCCGGAAGUUGGGGAUAAUAGUGAGGGGGAGGUGGAGGUCUGGACGAAGCCACAUCUGAAGGUGCCCUGGAAGGCGAAGAUUGGGGUCCAGGUUGUCACCUAUGUCGCUCAGGACAUCUCCGGGAACCGGGCGAAGUGCAAAUUUAGGGUUGAAACCCUCGAUAAGGAGCCCCCCCAAGUCACCAACUGCAUAAACCCCCCGACAUUCAUCACCACAACCCCUCAGGGUGUCUCAAACAUCACCUGGGACGAUCCCGUAUUCUACGACAACUCCCGUAAACCCGUGAAAAUCCGACGAUCCCACCAUCAAGGAACUUCCCUCCCCGUCGGCAUCACCACCAUCACCUACACCGCCACCGACGUCAGCAAGAACAUCCGUCACUGCAGCAUCAACAUCACCGUCAGGAACAUCUGCGCUGAGCUCCCCCCCAUAUCCAACGGUCACCUCACCUGCGAUGAGUCGUCAUCCGGGGUAAAGUGCCUCAUCACCUGCGACGACGGCUACAUCUUCCCCCUCGGACCACCCACCCCAACUCACCCAGUCCUCACCUGCAGUGACCAAAACAUCUGGAACAACUCCCUGACGCCAUCUUGCGCCAUCGCAGAAGUCCCGGAGAUCCUCGAGUCCACCGGUACAAUCGUCCUGGACUCCAUCAUCGACAUCUGCACGAACUCAUCACUCCUCGAGUCCCUGAAAUCCCGAAUCCAUCAGGAUCUCGUCACCCACCUCCCAAAACACUGCGCUGUCAACGGCCUCGACUGUCACACCACCACCGUCGACCUCAACUGCACGAACCUCCCCCCAAACGUCACGAAAAUCGUCAGGAGAUCCACCACCAGGACAUCAUCACCAGGAAGACGCGACAGGAUCGAAGUUACGUUCAAAAUCCUGAGUAAAAUCAUCUCGGAUCAUCGUCGUGAUCCUCUCCAGGGCCUUCAGCAUCUCCGUUCUGAGCUCCUGAACCUCACCACCUCCGGGAAGUUGAAUCUCCUGAACGAAAAGACCAAUCGAGAGAUCGCACGUUUAGCCUUGAACCUCAACACCCUCUUCAGUCCUCAUCACCGAGCUGUCUGCGACCUGGGGAAGAUCCUGAGGAGGUUCAGGUGUGUCAAAUGCCCCCUGGGUACCUUUCACAACGUCACCACCGCCUCCUGCCAGUCCUGCGGACUCGCUGAAUAUCAGGACGUACCUGGUUCCGUCUUCUGCAACAAGUGCUCCAGGAGCAUGUCCACCAGGAGAACGCACUCCACCAGCCGAAACGACUGCGUCAACACGUGUCCACCAGGUCAUUACUCGAGACGAAGGUACCACAAGGAUCAGCUGAUGUCCUUGGAGCCUUGUGUACCCUGCGACGUGGGGUCGUAUCAACCACUUCACGGCUCGACGUCGUGUCUCCCCUGUCCCAGGAACACGACGACGAACGCUCCAGGAUCGGCGGACUCGUCCGACUGCCGGCGGACAGACCCGACGGAUAUCUGUCACGUCGACUUCUGCCUGAACAACGGCACCUGCGUCACGGAUGACGUCGGCGUCACCUGCGAUUGCCUCCCAGGGUUCACCGGGUCACGAUGUCAGGGGAUUCGCAACCCCUGCGACUCAUCCCCAUGUCAUUCAGGGACUUGUCAGGCCCGUCAGACUCGGUACGUAUGCACUUGUCCCGACGGAUUCACCGGCCUUACCUGCGAUACUCACCUCGACGAGUGCUCGUCCAAUCCCUGCAGGAAUAAUGCGACAUGUGUCAGUGACGAUAACGACUUUCACUGCGUCUGUCGUGAUGAUUACGGGGGUGAGUACUGCGACAUUCCCCUGGAUAUGUGUCAGCCAGGUACCUGCGACGUCGGCUCCACCUGCGUCAUCGUCAAUGCGACGUGGAGCUGCCUCUGUCGGCCGGGUUUCCUCGGCCGUCACUGCGACGUCGUUCCGUGCGACUGGUUACCGUGUCAUCCGAACGCUGUCUGCGUUAAUCUGGAGGUGACGAAUACGACGCACGAGUCCUUCAGGUGUGACUGCCCACCAGGACUCAAGGGCGACGACUGCCGAACGAUAAUCGAUCACUGCCAGGACUCGCCCUGCGGUAAUUCCGGUGUCUGCGUCAACAAUCCGACGAACUUCACAUGCAGGUGUUCGUUGGGGUUCGAUGGUGUCGAUUGCCGCGUCAAGAUGACGUCGGAUUUUGUUCUGAAUUUCGAUGAUCCUGGCGUCAGUGACUUCGUCAUCGUCGACGGACCUCAUGACGAUCUUCAUGAAUUCACCGUCUGCUUCUGGAUUCUGACGACUGACACCUUCAAUUAUGGUACUGUCUUCUCGUACGCGACGGCUGGUGAAGACAACACCGUCACACUGACGGAUUACAAUGGUCUAGUGUUCUACGUCAACGGGGAUAAGGUAAUCACUGACGUUCGUCUUAACGACGGAAUCUGGCACUUCGUCUGCGUCAUGUGGAGGAUCGACGGAAAAUGGUGGAUGUACGUUGACGGAGUCAUCGGGAAAUGGGGUCAGGGAUUGUCGUCAGGUAAGUCGAUCCCAGGAAACGGAACCAUCGUCAUCGGUCAGGAGCAGGAUUACCCGGAGGGCGGAUUCUCACCGUUGGAAUCAUUCGUCGGGAGUCUGACGCUCGUCGACGUGUGGCCGACGGUUCUACCCGACGAUGACGUCACGAAGAUGAUGAACAGCUGCGCGGAAUAUUCAGGUGGUAUCGUUCCCUGGUCCGUCAUGAGGAGUCGGAUCCGCGGAAACGUCAGGAUUCAGGUAAGUCCCAUUUGCCGCGGGUGCCCCCCACCAGUCCCACCUGAUCGAGGCACCGUCAGACUCACCGACGACGGUCAUGACGCCGUUUACACGUGUGAAAGUGGGUAUGAACUCUGGCAGAAACGAUCGCCGACGUCGGCACGCCGACGGUGCCUGAAACGGGGCCAGUGGGAGGGUGAGGUGGACCCCGUCUGCCGGAAAAUUCACUGCGGAUUUCCUGGGUACUUCCCCCGGGGACGAAUCGUCGGUUCGACGUAUGACUUCAAUGACGAGGUCGUCUACGCAUGCGCGGUGGGGUACGAUCUCCGGGGGAAUCCCCACAGGGUGUGCGGUGCUGAUGGCAGAUGGACGGGACGUCCGCCGAUAUGCGUCGGCGUCACAUGUCGGAAUCUACUGGCACCCGUCAACGGCGACGUCGAUUACAUCAUCGAGGAGCAUGAGCGCGAUGACGUCAGCAUUCUCCAGGUGGGUCAGCAGCUGGAGUUCAGGUGUGAUGUGGGGUAUGAGCUGGUGGGGGAGGGGGUGCUGACGUGUUCAGGAAGUGGUCAGUGGGAUCAUGAAGUGCCUGAAUGUCUACCUCGGGGAUGUCGACUACCAACGACCGUCGUCAUCGUCGACGUCACCUCGAACGUCACCGACGAGACGUUUUUCCGACGUGAUGAGGUGAUCCUGGUGUCAUGCAGACCUGGAUUCACAUUCGGUGAUGGCCACCAGGUGCAGGAGUUCACGUGCUCCCGGGACGGGAGCUGGAGAUCGAGGUCUGAUUGUCGACGGAUGGGGUGUGAGGUGCCGGAUGUCCGUCACGGGAGGAUCGUCAGUUCCGUUGGGGAGGUACCACCUGGUGGAGAAAUCCAUUUGGAAUGCGAGGGGGACUUCAAACCCGUCGACGGGAAGAUCGUCUGCGAGGAAAAUGGCGGCUGGUCGGUGACACCAGAAUGUCGAAGGUUGAAAUGUCCUGGGGUGUCGACGCAUCCCAUUGGUUCACUCUUCAUCAACAAGUCGUUGUCGACGAGGAUCGAACGGUUCACCCUCGCCAUCGAGGGGGACAAACCCGGGGAUCAGCUGGUGGUUCGUUGUCGGGACGAGUCGAAGCUGAUGAUCUUGAUGGAGUCGAAGUAUCCGAAUGUCUCGUGGACGUGUGGGAGGGAUGAAAAGUGGAGACGUCAACCUCUUCCAGGGGUCGACCUCACCGAUGACGACCUCAAGGAUUUACUCCUGACGGAGGACGUCUGCGAGAUCCGGUGUCCAUCUCCAACGACACCAGCACAUGCUGUUCUUGUUCCCUCGGAUGUCAUCGAUUGGAAGGUGAAUGUCACCGUUGAUUACGUCUGCAAGUCGGGGUUCGUCCUCCAGGGGAAGGGCACCGCCAUCUGCACGUCAUCAGGAACAUGGUCAGGGUUGUCCUUGUGUCGGCCGAUAGCGUGUGGUGAUCCUCCGAUGAUGACGAAUGCAAAGCUGAUGGUGUCCGGUGAGUCGCGUUACGCUGUUGGAGAUGUCGUGAUGUACGACUGCCUCAGGGGGUUCAGGAUGUUCGGGCAGCGGAGCUCCAGGUGUCUGGAGUCCUCCACCUGGAGUCGGGUUCAAGGUCAGUGCGCGAGGAUUUCGUGUGGGAAGCCGAGGGUCUCGAAGGGGGUGAAGCUCGAGGGGAAAUCGUAUCUCUUCAUGGAGGAGCUGGGGUACGACUGCGGGGACGGGAGGAAGGGGGUGAUGAGGUGUCUGGAGGAUGGGGUGUGGGGGGGAAUUCCUGAUUGUUGAGGAGAAUUCAAGGAGAUUCAACGGUUGCGAGAGACAGUUGAACUCGAGGAAAUUUUAUUCAAAAAAAAAUUCUGGAAAUUAAGUUGUAAUACCCUAGUUGUACCGUAAAAUAAUGUGAAAUAAAGUGUAGUAUA